AUGGGUAGAAAGGUCCCGCCGCAGCUCGGGGCCUCUGUCCUCCGAUCGGUGCUGCAGCGCCGCUGUAUCGGCUCCCCCGCAGGCAGUGCUCCUCCUUUAUGCGGGAGCCUUGCUUCCACGUCCGGAGCUGUCUCCCCCUUCGAAACUCGACCGCCGUUCCCGACCUCUGCCGGGCUCGUUCUCGCUCGCGUUGGGGGCUCCUCAUCCUUUUUCCCUCUCCCCCUCGCCUGCCGGACCUUCUGUUCCAACCCCGCCUCAACUGAUGGUGAAUACGGCUAUCAUUUCACUUUCUGCGAGCUCAUCUUCCCCGUUUUGUUUACUUCUAUUCCAUUUUCCCGCUUGUGGUUGUGGAGCUGAGGAUGGGGAUUUAUCUUCUUGUAGGUUCACCAGAUGCCAUCAUCAUUGAGUCUGAAGAGGACUUUAAUAACUCGCUCAAGAAGGUCCAAGGUAACGCGCCUUUCUUCGCCACCUUCUGAGUGCUAUUUUCUCACUCCUACGAUGCGUGGUUUUAUUUCCAAUUAUUAAUUAUUCUGAUCUUGGUAUUGUGUUCCAGAGGGCGCUCUACCUGCGAUUUUCUACUUCUCUGCAGUGUGGUGUGGUCCCUGUAAGCUGUUCUCCAGUUUAGCUGACGAUCGAUGUUGACUUUCUGCUGCAUUUUACCAUUUUUGGCAUCGUAUAAACUGGGAUACUCUGAUGUGUUAGGCCUUGAGAAGUUUAAUCCCUUUCUUGCAUCAAUUAUGUGUAACUUCAUUGCUUAUAUAUAUGCUUGUCUUUCGAGUAGGUUCAAAUUUAAGCCUUGUGUUAGACUAGAAUUUCAUUGCUGAAUUCGUUGUUCUAUCUUUAAUGUUAUUUAAAUAGCUCGUGAAGAAUCUCACUGAUAAUCUGAAAUUCUUAGUGUUUUACAAUAAAUGAUGAGGACUCUCAUUGAGCACACAACAGUGUUUGAUGUUUUAUAUACUUUUUUCUUGAUGUAAACAUUUUAUUCAUUUAUUCUCAUUGAUCCACAAUGCCUUUAUACGUUAAUUAAUAACUGCUGUGUUUUUCAUCUUUUUAAGUUAAUACUGGUUGGUAGGUUCCCACAAUGCCUGGGAUUUCAUCUAUUCCCAUACCACAGAUGUCUACAUAAUGUGGAAUUACUUUAUGGUUACCUUAUUAUUCUUGAGUUGGUUGUAAUAUAGAGAGUCAUAUUAGUUUAAUAUUCUAAUUACCUUGCUUAUUUGUCCAAUUGGUUAAAUUUCAUAGCAUUCCCUAUUCAAAAGUUACUCUGUAAAAUCUGUCGUAUGUUAUCCUGAACUUUCUGCAAAUUAAAUACACACUUCCUUGGAGAUUUAGAAGACUUGGAAGAAUAACGUUCUGUGCAUAUUGAGGACUUGCUGUGAUGCCUCUUUUGAUGUCAUCUUAGGUUAUUGAUGCAGAAUCGAGAAUGAUAGUUUUUCCUAUGAUUUUUUCCAAAUUGGAUGACCUGAAUGGGAUGGUCUAAGGGCUCAAGCGAGCUGGUAAUGUAAAUGGAUUAUUUAUCAGCAGCAACUCAUGGACCACUGUGGAAGAAAACGAGAUGUUGGCAGUCCCUUUUGACAUGUAGGUUAUUUGAUAAUUUUCUGCUUAACUAGAAUAAUUGAAUGAAGGAGAAGAACCGAAGGGAAGAAGAAGAGGAGGAAGAAAAAAGAUGAAUAAAGGAGAACUGGCACAACAGAAAAGAGGACUGAUCUACUCCUCCAGGACAUUAUUUAAUGAAUUCUCUUCCAUUCAUUCUUUGUUCUCCAAUCAUUUAAUUAAUGUGCAAAUGCAAUAUGUUGUCAUCAAAUUCACAUUUAUAGCUUAUUUUAAUUAACUUCAUUUUCUUUUUUUUCUCCUUACAGGUAAAUUUUUAGCUCCAGUUGUAAACCAACUUAGUAAGAUGUAUCCACCUUGUGUCACGUAUAAGAUUGACAUUGAUAUGGUAAUUGGGAUUUUGUGAUUUUUUCCUAUUUUUUAUUUUCCAUGUUUUCACCACUUGUUUCGAAAGGUGAAUCACAGUUUCUAUCAAUUUGAUGUUUCUACGUUCAAGAAAUUGUAUAAUGAUCAUAUAAUGAUCACUGCAUCUAGAAACAAAGUUCAAAUUAACUAUGAAUUUCAAUUUCUAACUUUGGGAAUUAGUGCAGCCUAUUAGCAAUGGUUGUGUCUGUGAUACUACCUUCUUAAAUCUGAGAAAACUGACUUCUUGACUGAAGAGGAGUUAUCUGAUGCAAUGACCUUAUUCCCCGAUUUAUCCUGGUGUGGUUUGCUCAAUAUGCUCAUCUGGUUCAGAAUCAAUCUUUUAGUAUGCAGUGGCCCUUUCAUCCUUCCUUUCUGUUUCGAAAAGAUGGAAAAAUAGAUUGAAUUAUCUCUGAUUUUGCUCUGGUCUUAUUUGACUUGGCUUGAGUGAAUCUGGCCUCCUCAUGUUUGGAUGAGGAAUGAUUUUUUUUUCCUUUUCGUUUCUGUAUCUGAAUGCGAGGGACACGCUAGCUUGGAAUUGGUUCAUGAACAAUAAGUCCCCUUGUUAUUGCUUUGGGCUACGAUGAAUGAAAUUACUUUUAGGAAUUUAAUACAGAUGACAGUCCUAUGUUUUGAAAGUUUGACUGGGUGGGGGCAUUCGUCAAGAAUCAGAUUGAAUUUUUCUCUUAAAAAGUUGGUCGAGUCUUUGGAGAAAUUAAAUGCAGCAGAGUAUGUAUAGGAUAAAAUUCAGUUUAUUGAAGAUUUUGUAUGGUUAGAUUGGGACUGGUAAGCAAGGCAUGAUAAGAUAGUCUACUGCGUUGGUUUACAUUCCACUCUGUGCAGUUUAAGAGAAUGUCAAUUGGUAGCUAUUGUUAAAAGGAAUAUUGUUUGUGUAAUAUAAAGGAGUCAAAAGGUAUGUGCAGCUCUUUAUUAACAUAUAUAGAGCAUGCUCUUAUUGUUCAGUGAAAAUCGGUGCUAUCUUUCAGAAAAAGUAGUUGUGGAAUAUUUCCCUGAAAAUAUGUGACGUGAGUCUUUUUUUAGUUGAAUAUUUAUAUUCUAACUUCAAAGCACACCUGUAUCUGGUAGUGUUUCAAGGAUGAGAGGCCAAUGAGGAAGCAUUUGCUGCUUCUUUGCUGUGGUCUUCAGCAUGGAACGGGGCCUCUUUUGCUCGAAAGCUGUUAACCCUUUCCAUUGCGGGGUGCCUUUUUUUAGCUGAAAAAUCAGUAGAGAUGUGAUUUGAUAAAUAUAUAAAUUUAUAUAUCUAUCGAAAUUUUGAGUUGCCUCCACAGGUUCAUUUGUGACAACAGCAAGGCUUACUGAAUCUGCUGUUUAUUGCUUGCCUUAUUCCACUUCAUUAGUUGUUUUGCAUGUACUAUCUCCAUCAUUUCUUAUAUUCUGGGUGAUUGAGUCGACUCUGCUACUCUACUCACAAAAGAAUGCUCAUUUUUCACCUCGGAAAUAGAAAAUUCUAGAAUUUUAUUUCUGCUAGGUAUCCAGAUCUAGAAAACCCACUGAAUUUACAAUUUGCAGCUUCUGAUUCCUUAUUUCACCUUUGCCAAUCUAUUAUUUGUAUAGGUUAAAUUUCUGGACCAGUUUGUGUGUGAUAUAUUUUCUGAUAUUCAUUUAUUGAUUCAGGAGGGCAUGCAGAGCAAAUUAAGUGAGUUAGGGAUCUCCGCUGUGGUAGGUGCAAAUUUAGUGCUUAUUUAACUUCCAGUGCCUCGAUUUAUUAGCUGUAAUUGUGGAUACAAUUGAUUUUUAAAAAAAUCUCCCUGGCGUUCUUUAUAAUACAAAUAUGCCCUCACCAAUCUUUGACCAAAAAAAAAAAGAGUCUAACAAUGCAGCGUUUGAAGUUUGCAUGCUGAUCUUGAUGUGCUGAAAUGAUUGACAAGGCUAUACUUUUUGAUAAAUUAUCCAAGUUUGCAUAAUUCAUCUAGAAUUUUGAUGAUCCGAUUCCAACCAAAUUACUAUUUGUUGGGCCAGCUGUCUCCUCAUGGCCUUUCUCUCUGCUCAUCUCGUUCCCAGCAUGCUACUAUCAUCUUUCUUGCUGUGUUCUUGCAGCCGACGCUCAGCUUCUUCAAUGGUGGGAAGAAGGUGGCCACUGUGGUUGGAGCAGACGUGAAGAAAAUCAAGGACAUCAUGGAUGAAUUCUUCAAAUAG